GUGAAGACCUUGAAUACCAGCUCUCACUAUGUACUGGUAAAGCUGGACGUGAAGGAGUACCUCAUGAGUGGGACUCACGACGUACUCGUCCAGCAGAACUCAAAACUCUUCGUCGGUGCUGAGCUCUACCGGUAUCGCGACGCAUUGAAGUGUGUACUUGAGGAUCAGUUCGCCUCAACAAGUUCGUCAUCACCAAUUUUCCAAGUGACGUGCGGCUCGGGCAUGGGCGUCUCUUGCUCUGGCGAGGUCAGCGACGCCUCCCUGUACUUUCUCGCUGAGCAUGACAUGCUGGCCGAUACCCACUUCAGGUUCCACUGUGGGUUGAGAGCGCAUUUCAGCUUCAACGACGACGUCUUUGCAGUGCUGGGCGACCCUCGGAAAGACGUGGAUGCAGUUAAGAUCCAGCUUUCUGCGUCCUCCUGUCCAUUCGUGGUCGACGUCGAGACU